AUGAGUGAAGAGGAUUUUUAUCAAAAAUUGGAAGAACAUAUCAAGGAUUCGAAAAGAACUAUCGAGGAGAGGGAAAAACUAAUAGGACCAGAAAAAAGUGGAGACCCGAACAAGUUAGACAAUCCCCAGAAUUCACCAUGGUCUUAUGAUUAUUGCAGUUUAAUGGUUCCUUCUGACCACAGUCUCGACAAGGAUUCUGCAUCAAGCGAUAACAUAAAAAAGUUCCUAAACUUGCACGAAGAUGAAGAAAUUGAAAGUAUCAAAAAAAAACUAAUAGAAAAGAAAAACAAAAGGGGAAGAAUAACCCCGAAGAAGACGGAGAUCAGUAGUGAUAAAGGUGCCACUAAUAAUGAAACAGAACUUCAUGAGAGAAGACGUAGGGAUGAUAUAUGUAAAAAUAUGUCGAAAAGCUCAAUAUUGUCCAUGGGAAGAAAAGGAAGAAAGGGAAGAAGAAAUAUAAAUGAUUUGAUAGAAUUAGAGAAGGAAAUUAUUAUAACAAGGACUUUAAUGAAUAAAAAGAAAUUCAGACUUCAUGACAUUUACAAAUAUACAACAAGACGAGAAAAUGUUAUUAGCAACUUGAAUUUAAACAUGAUCAAGGAGGGAUCUACGUUUCAGGAGUUGCUCGUUUGUAAAUUCCAGAGGACUGCGGAACUCAUCCGGAAAUUUGCAGAAGUCAGGGCAAGGAAAAAGAAAAAGAAAAAUCAAGUUCAAGUGCUGAAUAUAGAAAUGAGUAAACUAGAAGUGGAGUUUGAGAAAAAGGAGGAGAAAAUAAAAGAGUUGGAUAAGUACAAAGAUUUCCUGAACAAGUUGGCCAGCAUUGAAGAAGUGGGAGUGGCCGAAGAGAUCAUCGCGAGCGGUGAAGAGGACGCAGGAAAUGUGAAAGGGCAGAAGGAAGAAGUGCAAUUCUCUUCCAGAAUGGCAAAGUACAUAAAUAAUUUCCAACUUCUGAUAGACAAUUUUAGCUUGCUAGAGGAGCAACACCUGCAAUUAAUUGAUGAUACACAAAACGCAGAAUACGAAUUGGAAGAAUAUGAAAAAAAAUUAGUUGAUAAAAAAAAAAAUUUCCUCUUAAAAAAUAAUGAAAUGGAUAAAAAAAUUGGGCAAGUUCAUGAUUUCAUAAAACAGCAUAACACACAAAUUGGGGAAUAUGAAAAUACUAUAAAAAAUAAUCAGAGUCAUAUAUCAUUUCUAAAUAUAAAUAAUAAAAUUGAUUUUAUAUGUACUCAAUUUAAUUAUGACGUCAACACUAAUGAAAUUAUGAAAAAGUUGCAAAUUCUAGAAAAUAAAAUAUAUUCUUAUAUUUCCACUCUCACUAAAUACACAGAUGAAAAUAGUCAACUGGUGUAUGAAUACCAACGAGAGAGAGAACAGGAACGAAGAAAACAAAUGAGAUUUGAAAUUAACCUUGACCGAAAAGGAAACAAUAAAAAUAAACAACACAUGGGUGACAAAAUUAAAAACAAAAAUUUUGGAGACAACCAAAAGGAAAAAAAGGAAAAGCGUGAAAAACGAGAAAAUAUAUAUGCAUUGUUUGAAAAAGACUUAUUUGAGUGA